AUGCCGACAUGUAAUAAUAACGGUAAGACAAUUCUGGAGGAUUACAUCUCGACGUAUGAAGGACGCGUGUUGUUGUACACUAAUACCUACUCGGUAUGGUGUAAAAUUCUCCCUUCUACUCUGUCUGGGCUAGCCAAGACCUGGUUCAGGAGCAUACCACCGGGACCUGUCUUUGACUUCCGGGAGCUCACUUCAAUGUUCGUGACGCAUUUCGUCAACAACAAGCGUAGGGAGAAAACUGCCGGCGAAUUGAUGUCUAUCAAGCAGGGAGAGACGAAAAGCUUGAGGGAUUACAUAGGACGCUUCAACUCCGAAGCCAUCAUUAUUCCCAGCUUGCAGCAAGAGGUAGCAGUCCUAGCUUUGAUGACAGGGUUAAGAGAAGGAACUGCCUUCAGAAGCUACCUAGGUCGCAAAAAGUUAACUAGCCUGCUUUUCCGGGGAGAGGAAGUUGACAAGGUGGCGGCUGCAAAGCGACCCGAAGGAGACGAAAAGGAGGAGGAUAAAGAGAAGUUCCAAAAAGACAAAAUGCCGGUCAGCUUUGGAAGAAAAUAG